AUGCUUCAAUCAAUUUUUCUCGCCUAUCCAAUCGACGAACAUUGUUACAUCAAUGUAAUGACUAUCGCUGGUUCGGAUCCAUCCGGUGGUGCUGGUCUUCAAGCUGAUUUGAAGACUUUUGCAUCAUUGUAUUGUUAUGGCAUGACGACUAUUACUGCUCUAACUGCUCAAAAUACAUGCGGAGUUGAUGGCAUUUAUUCACUUCCUGCCAGUUUUGUUCGACAACAGCUAGAAUCUGUAUUUAGUGACAUUAACAUCGAUGCCAUUAAAAUUGGUAUGCUUGAACGAGAAGAAAUUAUAGUCGAAGUUGCACAAUUUUUGGAAGAGAAAAGAGCAGCAGCAGCGCUGCCACCACUCGUUGUUGACCCUGUUAUUUAUGCUAAAAGUGGGGAUCAAAUCAUUGAUAACAACGCGAUAAACAUAUUAAAGGAAAAAAUCAUACCGUUUGCUACGCUCCUGACGCCAAAUCGACAAGAAGCUUGCCGUCUACUAGGACGUGACAACAUUGGAUUAGAAGAUUUAGAGGAAGCAGCUAAAGAAUUGUUAAAGUUAGGUACAAAAGCUGUGUUAAUCAAGGGUAUAGACGGACGAGACUGUCUGCUAGUGCGGGAACAAGAAAACGCCGUGUGGAUUGGAGAGACAACUGAUUGGAUCGAUUCAAAAAAUGUACAUGGAACAGGAUGUACUUAUUCAGCAGCUAUUGCUGCAUUUCUUGGUCGUGGUGAUCCAUUAGUACGAGCUGUUCAAAAGGCAAAAAUCUACAUAACUGAAGCCAUUCGCGCCGGUGCAACAUACAAACAAGGUCAUGGAGCUGGACCCGUCUGUCACCAUUGGUUUUCUUUCGACCAGAAUUUCAUUCAAAGUGCAUGGCUUUCGGUUUCUGAACUCUACAAGCAAAUCAAAGCACUCCCUUUCCUCUGUGAAAUAGCUGAUGGCACACUUUCCUGGACUAGGUUCGCGUUCUUCAUUCAACAAGAUUACUUUUUUCUACGAGAUCGGAAAGCCGUAUGCGACUUACAUUUGCCUCCAACUAUCAAUGUUAACGACGAGUUGAAAUUGAUGUUAAAACAAAUCUCUGACAAUUCUGAAAUCAGAGCUGCAAAUAUUUUCAACACAUUCAACGUGACGGGAAAAUCGACGGACAUUGAAAACAAGUCGGCUGUUUGUAUAGCAUAUACGAACUAUCUAAAGAGCGUAGCUACGAACGAAGAAUCCAUUUUCUUUACUCUUGUCGCAUUAAUACCCUGUACGUUGAUUUAUCAAAAGGUUGGAGAAUACCUAAAGCGUAAGCAGCAAGCAGAAUCUUUACUACCAACAAAUCAAUACUACCAGGCCUGGAUAAAUACCUACAGUAGCGAACAGCGACGACAAAGUGUUGAGAAAUUGUUGGCAUCGAUGAAUCGACUUUAUUCAUCAACAGUAUCAUCCAGUAGACAUCUAGAACUACUGAAGGUAUUCCAGAAAUCAACUGAAUACGAGCUGGCUUUCUGGGACGAUGCGUACAAGUCUGCCGGAUGCAACUAG